UGACACGGGAGCCCUACAGUCAGAAAGCUUGGGAGGUGUAGUGGGAGAACGGCAAGGGAGUCGGAGUAAACGAGAAGACUUUUACUCAGAUUAUUGAAGGACAUAGCAGUCAAAAUACAUCUCCGAAAGCUUCCUCAAUAAUGAUCGGGAAUCACUUUUGAAACCUUAGUCCAGGCGGCGGCGGCGGCAGCCCCUGCACCUCGCCCAGCCUCCCAGGGCGUGCAGUCUGAACCAGCAAAGGGUUACUCUCAGAAGCGUCCGGGCCCCGUAUUCGGUCUCACUGUUUCACGUAAAGGUAACUCGCGAGAAGGCGGCUCCCGGUUUCCCCGCUUCCUGCCGCGGUUUGAGUGAAGGGCGUUUGGGGACCAGAGCGCCGUCUCUCCCUGUCGGACUCCGCGGACGGACCACCCCAGCAGGCCACCAUGACUGAUGUGGUAAUCGUGAAGGAGGGAUGGCUGCACAAGAGAGGAGAGUACAUCAAGACCUGGAGGCCGAGGUAUUUCUUGUUGAAGAGCGACGGAACAUUCAUCGGGUAUAAGGAGCGACCGCAAGAUGUCGACCAGCUGGAAACGCCAUUAAAUAACUUCUCGGUAGCACAGUGCCAGCUGAUGAAGACAGAGCGGCCCAAGCCCAACACAUUCAUCAUCCGCUGCCUGCAGUGGACCACUGUCAUCGAGCGCACCUUCCACGUGGAGACCCCUGAGGAGAGGGAAGAAUGGACGAAAGCCAUCCAAACCGUGGCGGACAGCCUCCAGAAGCAGGAGGAGGAGAUGAUGGACUCCUCGCCUGACCCCAUGGACAUGGAGGCCUACCUGACCAAACCUCGACUCAAAGUGACUAUGCACGACUUUGAAUACCUCAAACUCCUUGGGAAAGGCACUUUUGGCAAAGUCAUCCUAGUGAAGGAGAAGGCCACAGGUCGAUACUAUGCCAUGAAAAUUUUGAAAAAGGAAGUAAUCGUAGCGAAAGAUGAAGUAGCGCACACACUCACAGAAAAUCGAGUGCUACAGAAUUCCAAGCACCCAUUCUUGACGGGAUUGAAAUACUCUUUUCAGACUCACGACCGGUUGUGCUUUGUCAUGGAGUACGCGAACGGCGGAGAGCUCUUUUUCCACCUGUCGCGAGACCGGGUCUUCUCGGAGGAACGGGCCCGCUUCUACGGGGCGGAGAUAGUCUCCGCAUUGGACUACCUGCACUCGGAGAGGAACGUGGUCUACAGGGACCUGAAGCUGGAAAACCUCAUGCUGGACAAGGACGGGCACAUUAAAAUCACGGACUUCGGCCUGUGCAAGGAGGGGAUCAAGGACGGGGCCACCAUGAAGACCUUCUGCGGAACCCCGGAGUAUCUGGCCCCGGAGGUGCUGGAGGACAACGACUACGGGCAGGCUGUGGACUGGUGGGGCCUGGGCGUGGUCAUGUACGAGAUGAUGUGUGGCCGCCUGCCCUUCUACAACCAGGACCACGAGAAGCUGUUCGAGCUCAUCCUCAUGGAGGACAUCCGCUUCCCUCGCACGCUGGCUCCCGAGGGAAAGUCCUUGCUCUCCGGUCUGCUCAAGAAGGACCCCCGACAGCGGUUAGGAGGCGGGCCGGAUGAUGCCAAGGAGAUCAUGCAGCACAAGUUCUUUGCUGGGAUUGUGUGGCAGGAUGUUUACGAGAAGAAGCUGGUCCCACCCUUCAAGCCUCAAGUCACCUCGGAGACGGACACGCGGUAUUUCGAUGAAGAGUUCACAGGCCAGACCAUCACCAUCACGCCACCGGGACAAGAUGAGAACAUGGAGUCGUUUGACAGCGAAAGGAGACCCCACUUCCCCCAGUUUUCGUACUCCGCCAGUGGAACAGCAUAAAGGCCCCCCCUCUACAUUCCCUCUCCCCCACCAGACUGCAUUCUUAAAGACAGUGGCAUCUCUAUCCUAUUGCUUUUUUUUGACACAAGUGUUUCAAACUGCAGACAUUUUUGGUUUGCAGUUGUUUGUAGAUCGCGAUGCUCCAUCCAACAAAAGUGAUGGGUUUCUGUGGCCUUUGAAGACCAUGAUUUUGUAAUGUUUACGAGACGUAACACUACCGUUAAUUUUCCGCAUUCACGUUUCCAUUCAGACGGGCCCCGUUGUCCUUGGCCUACUGAACAAAUUCACAGCCAAUAGAAGAUGGCAGUUUAGAUACAGAACACAUAGAGAUGCUCCAAGUUUUUUUUUCUUCUCCUUACCUUCAAACCCCACCCCCCCCCAUUUCUUCUGUCACUCCCUGCACUUUUCUCUUGAUAAAAAAUGGGAACAUGUAUUAGGAUUAUGAAAUUCCACAUUUUAUUGUUGUUCUUUUGCUGUUGUACUUUGAAAAAGGGCAGCUGUGUAUGCAAGCUGCUUUUUGAAAUGGGGUGCAACAGGCUUUCAAAUUUAUGAUAUGCAUGAAGGUAGCAACACCGUUUUUGUUGCAUCGUUGAGGAACCCCUUUUGAGAAGGCCAAAAUGUAGUUUGUCGAUGGAAGUUAGCUUUAAGCACAUCCAAAUGUUUCAGAACCCGGCGGUGUCGGUAAAAUCAGUUUAAUUCAAGAAAAUUAUUCAAAUCACAGAUUUUCUGUUUAAGAUGCAGUUCGAACCCCACAAUAUUCCCAGCAUGAAGAAUGCAGCACAUAUCAGAAAACACAUCUCUCUUAUUGGCAGGCAGUGCUAUCAUGUCCUACUCAAAUGGGUCACAGUACAAUCACAUUGAGUGGACCGGUAUCAAUAUACAUUUGGUUUAAGUACCUGAAUAGCUGGAUUGAAUCAACUAACUGUAAGAAAGAUCAGAGACAAAUGUCAACCUUGGGAGCCUAUGCGUGUGUGUGUGCAUGCAUGUGUUUAUUUAUAUGUGUGUAUGUAUACAUACACAUACAGUACACAUGUUCACACACUCAUACAUUUUGUUGUGUUAAAUGUUUAACACUGCUGACAGGUAAACUUGUUGGAUUGUACAGCCAAUGACAGAUUCUGGGCCUGGCCUCCCCCCCUCCUUUAAAAUACCAUGUGUGAGGCCCCCCUUUUCCUCAUGGGACCGGUAACAGGUGACAGGUAAACUUGUUGCAAUGUGCAGCCAAUGACAGAUCCUGGGCCUGGCCUCCCCCCCCACUCCUUUAAAAUACCAGUGUGAGGCCCCCCUUUUCCUCACGGGACCCGCUGCUGUAUGCCACGCAGGCUGCCCGUCCGGGUGGUGGCAGCACCGUGAGACGAGCCUUUGGACCAAGCGCCACAUCUGAAUGUUCUGCUCCACCGACAAAUCUCCCAGAGUUCCCUGCGAGCUGGCUGUCUAGGCGCCCAUCACUCUUUCCUGUCCUGUAUUGGGUCUCCCUUUUCCCCAAUGCGUCCAGCACCGCCUCAGUGAGGUCGCCGUAAACACUCUUCGUAGAAUAUCGGUGUGGAACUGCUUUUUCGGUUUCAGGCGAACGUGCUGUGGAGUGGAGUGAGCCAUGAUUUCCUCAGAGGGCUGUCUGAUCUAACCGUUCUCUUUUUCACAGUGUAUAUACACCAGCAGAUUUAAUGGACACAAGUGUGCUUGUGGAAUACCUUUUCCAGCUCCACAGCAGUCAAGCAUUUUGUACAUUUAAUUGUACUUGUUCCACAUUGGUAUUGAAUUUGAAAACGGCACAAUCAGCCUUUCUUUUGAUACGCUAAUAGAAACGAGAUGUAAAUAUAAACAAAAUGUUUUAAGCAAAACAAAAUGAAGUAGUUUUGUUGGAAUGACUGAAUUGAAGUGGCACCAUUAAAUUGGCCUUACCUGUCACAUGCUUUUGAAUUGGUCAAGUAUUCACUCAAAUUUUUAAAUAAUGUUUUUUCCUCUUUAAAUUAUUGUUGUCAGUGUUUCAGACUUUGACUGAUAAUCACUCUUAACUCAUUCAGCAUGCUUAAAUGAAUGUAAAGUUUUAUUUUUAUUUUCUUGUGACAGCCCACAUUUCAUCUUUCUCUUUUGUAUGUUUUGUGUAUUUACAUUAUGUCUCAAAACAUUAAUACUUCUCUUGAAUCUCUGCUUUUCCUGUUGUUCAAAAUGUAGAUCUGAUAGUUGCUUAUUCAUAUAGUCACUCUCCCUUGGCUGUCACGUCAUAGAAUUGCUGGGGGAAAAAAUGUGUUUGAAAAUUUUAUUUUAAACUCAUUUCUCCCAGCCCCCCCCCCCCCCCAAACACAAACACACACAACACCUUCUUUUAAGACAGCUGGGAGGCUGAUUUAUAAAACACCAGCUUUAGUGAACAAACCAACAAUAUGAACUUUUGUUGUUUUUUUUUUACACACAGUUCAACUGUUUUUACUUUAGCAUUUUUGUUUCCUUUAAAUUGCUGAAAUAAAGAAUUUUAACUAAAA